GAGAAAUAGGAAAGAUGAAAAAAUAUUCAAUAGUGCUUAUACCAGUUGGCCAUGUUUCAAGCUAAUCAACUCAGCGAGAAUAAAUUUUAGGAAUGUUUCCAAAGUGGGAUUAGUUGGACACACCUAAGUUAUUUUGGUAUUAAAAGAGAGAGUUUAUCAGAGAUCUUUGUUAUCCAAAGCAUAGAUACUACCAUAUGUUCAGAUAUACUUGAUAGAAAAAUUGCAUCAUUAAAAUAGUCACUCUUUAGGUCUGUGAUUUUAAUGAACUUGAGAAGUUGUUCUAUAUUAAUUUCCCUGCCUAAAAAAUUAAAUAUUGAUUUCCAGUAAGUAUGUUUGGCUUUUGUUAUAGCUGAUCCUUUCUCAUGUAAUCUAGAGAAAAAGAAGAAAGAUACCAACAUAUACUGCCAAUGAAUUUGAAAUCUCAAAAGAGAAAUGAAGAACCAUACAAAACAGAGGGAGUUUAUCCUUCUGGGACUGACAGAUAAUUCUCAGUUACAGAUUGUAAUUUUUUUAUUUCUAUUUCUGAAUUACCUGCUGAGCAUGAUAGGAAACUUAACCAUUAUUGCCCUCUCGCAAAUGGAUCCCCAUCUCAAGACCCCAAUGUAUUUCUUCCUCCAAAAUUUCUCUUUUCUGGAAAUAUCAUUCACAAGUGCUUGCAUUCCCAGAUUCCUAAACACCAUUGUAACCAAGGAAAAGACCAUUUCUUAUAGUGGUUGCAUAUCUCAGUUAUUUUUUUACUUUUUCUUGGGGGCUACAGAGUUUUUCCUUUUGGCGGUUAUGUCCUAUGACCGCUAUGUUGCCAUCUGCAAGCCUUUGCAUUACACAACCAUAAUGUGCACUAGAGUUUGUCACCAGCUUGUACUCAGUUCUUGGGCAACUGGACUCUUGGUGAUUUUCCCACUAUUGAGUUUUAUUCUUAACCUGGAUUUCUGUGCUUCACAUAUCAUUGACCAUUUCAUUUGUGACAUUUCUCCUGUCAUACAACUUUCUUGCUCAGACACACAUUUACUAGAACUGAUUACUUUUUUCUUAGCUGUGAUAACCCUCCUUGUCACCUUGUUAGUAGUAAUCCUUUCUUACUCUUACAUCAUUAAGACAAUCCUAAAAUUCCCUUCAGCUCAGCAAAAGAAAAAAGCCUUUUCUACCUGCUCUUCUCACAUGAUUGUUAUAAUCAUCACUUAUGGAAGUUGCAUAUUCAUCUACAUAAAGCCAUCAGCAAAUGAAAGAAUCACUUUAAGCAAAGGAGUAGCUGUGCUCAAUACUUCAAUUGCUCCUUUGUUGAACCCAUUCAUUUAUACUCUAAGGAACCAGCAAGUUAAACAAGCCUUCAAAAAUGUGUUUAGAAAGACAUUUUAUGCUUUAGACAAGUAAUAGUAUUUAUUGAAAUAAUUAACAGAAAAACAUAAAAGGAACAUGGAACAAAACCUAUUUUGACUUUUCUAGUUUAAGAAUCAAUCUCUAAUAUUUAGUUAGGUGGAUCACUUUACUAAAGCUUAGAAACUCUUUUACUUUAUCAAUUUAACUUUCUGUUCUUCCAAGUGAAACCUUACUGUGUAUAGACAUAAGAGAGUAUGCUCAACAUCACUAGCCAUCAGAGAGAUGCAAAUUAAAACCAUAGUGAGAGACCACUUCACAAUGGUCAGAAUG